GAGUUCCUGGAAGGCCCACGUCUGUUCUCACCUGAUGGCCGUGCACCUGUGCCUCCUCCUGCCCCUGCAGGAAGCUCCCGCCUUCCCUCAGCUCCACCCUCCGCCUCAGGCGAGACAGCACUUUGCUCCUGCGGCCUUCCUGACCACCCCAGCCAAGGGUCCCUUGUGUAAUUUCCUCUUACCUUCUGCUCUUCUCUCCCCCUCAGACCUCUUCACGGUAUGUGUGCCAACUAGGAAUUGGAUGGCUGAGCGCGUGGCAGUCAGGAUCCAAUCUCUCUGACUCCCAAGCCUGUGCGCGGAAGCCUUCUGCUGUCUGUGCCUCCUGAGAUCCUGCAUGGUUGUUCCCCUAAGGAAUUUUCCUUUGGGAAACAGAAACAAUGGCAAACAAUACUGCUUGGAUAUGAAUAACCCUAUGAUGACUCACAGGGUUGUUUCAGGAUGAAGAUCUAGCAGAUGAGCUCAGAGGGUGCAGUGACACUGUCAGAAGUAAAUCGUACGGUGAUCUCAGUGACUGCUCCACCCCCAGCAGCGUGGCCGCCCCAUCCUCCGAUGGCUGUGUGAGGACCCAGCAGCCUGUGCCUCUCCCAGCAAAUUAACGUGACGGCGUCAGGUGGAUCAACAGCCCCCCCACCGCCCCAUCUGUCAGGGGCCUGAGAGUGGGGAGACAUGGAGGAACGUAAGAACGAGGCGACGAAUCGGGCUCACAUCCUCUUUGACCGGUUCGUGCAGGCCACCACUUGCAAGGGGACCCUCAAGGCCUUCCAAGAGCUCUGCGACCACCUGGAACUGAAGCCUAAGGACCACCGCUCCUUUUACCACAAGCUCAAGUCCAAGCUCAACUACUGGAGAGCCAAGGCCCUCUGGGCAAAGCUGGACAAGCGGGGCAGCCACAAAGACUACAAGAAGGGAAAGGCGUGCACUAACACUAAGUGUCUCAUCAUUGGAGCCGGCCCCUGCGGUCUCCGCACAGCCAUCGAUUUAUCCUUGUUGGGAGCUAAGGUGGUCGUGAUUGAGAAACGAGAUGCCUUCUCCCGCAACAAUGUCUUGCAUCUCUGGCCAUUCACCAUACACGACCUGCGAGGCCUGGGUGCCAAGAAGUUCUACGGCAAGUUCUGUGCUGGAGCCAUCGACCACAUCAGUAUCCGUCAGCUUCAGCUAAUACUUUUGAAAGUAGCAUUGAUCCUAGGCAUUGAAAUCCAUGUCAACGUGGAAUUCCAAGGACUUGUGGAGCCUCCUGAGGACCAAGAAAAUGAACGGAUAGGUUGGCGGGCCCUGGUGCACCCCAAAACCCAUCCUGUAUCAGAAUAUGAGUUUGAAGUGAUCAUUGGAGGGGAUGGCCGCAGGAACACCUUGGAAGGAUUUCGUCGGAAAGAAUUUCGUGGCAAACUGGCCAUUGCCAUUACAGCAAAUUUUAUUAACCGAAAUACAACAGCAGAAGCCAAAGUGGAAGAGAUCAGUGGUGUGGCUUUUAUAUUCAACCAGAAAUUUUUCCAGGAACUGAGGGAAGCCACAGGGAUCGAUUUGGAGAACAUCGUCUACUACAAAGAUGACACACACUAUUUUGUUAUGACAGCCAAAAAGCAGAGUUUACUGGACAAAGGGGUGAUACUACAUGACUACGCCGACACGGAGCUCCUGCUCUCCCGGGAGAAUGUGGACCAGGAGGCCCUGCUGAGCUAUGCCCGGGAGGCGGCCGACUUCUCCACCCAGCAGCAGCUGCCCUCCCUGGACUUCGCCAUCAACCACUACGGGCAGCCCGAUGUGGCCAUGUUCGACUUCACGUGCAUGUACGCCUCCGAGAACGCGGCCCUGGUGCGGGAGCACAGUGGCCACCAGCUGCUGGUGGCCCUGGUAGGGGACAGCCUUCUGGAGCCUUUUUGGCCAAUGGGAACAGGAAUAGCCCGGGGCUUUCUAGCUGCUAUGGACUCGGCCUGGAUGGUGCGCAGUUGGUCUCUGGGAAGGAGCCCCUUGGAAGUCCUGGCAGAGAGGGAAAGCAUUUAUAGGUUGCUGCCUCAGACCACCCCCGAGAAUGUGAGCAAGAACUUCAGCCAGUACAGCAUAGACCCCGUCACCAGAUACCCCAACAUGAACGUCAGCUUCCUCCGGCCAAGCCAGGUGCGCCAUCUGUAUGAUACUGGAGAAACAAAAGAUAUUCAUCUGGAGAUGGAGAACCUCGUGAAUUCCCGAACUACCCCAAAACUGGCCCGCAAUGAGUCUGUGGCUCGUUCCAGCAAACUGCUGGGUUGGUGCCAGCGGCAGACAGAUGGCUACGCUGGGGUGAACGUGACGGACCUCACCAUGUCGUGGAAGAGCGGCCUGGCCCUGUGUGCCGUCAUCCACAGAUACCGCCCUGAUCUGAUAGAUUUUGAUUCUUUGGAUGAGCAAAAUGUGGAGAAGAAUAACCAGCUGGCCUUUGAUAUUGCUGAGAAGGAGCUGGGCAUUUCUCCCAUCAUGACAGGCAGAGAGAUGGCCUCGGUGGGGGAGCCGGACAAGCUGUCCAUGGUGAUGUACCUGACCCAGUUCUACGAGAUGUUCAGGGACUCGCUCCCCUCCCGAGACGCCUUGGACCUGAAUGCUGAGGAGAGGGCCGUCCUGGUAGCCAGCACUAAAUCCCCCAUCUCCUUCCUGAGCAAGCUGGGGCAGACCAUUUCUCGGAAGCGCUCUCCCAAGGACAAAAAGGAAAAGGACUUGGACGGUGCUGGGAAGAGGAGAAAGACCAGCCAGUCGGAAGAGGAGGACGCGCCCCGGGGCUACAGAGGAGGAAGGCCUACGCUGGUGAGCACACUGAGCGACCGGAGGGUGGAUGUGGCCCUUGGCAACCAGAACAAGGUGAAGUACAUGGCGACCCAGCUGCUGGCCAAGUUUGAGGAGAACGCACCCGCGCAGGCCACGGGCGUGAGGAGACAGCCGACACAAGAGCGUGGGCUCAGCCAGCCGUCCUGCUGCCUGCCUGAGCAGGGUCGCCCUGCUCCCGCCCCCAAGUGGAAACAGCGACAGGAAAAGGAGCAUUCUCGGACCUGCCCCAAAAAAGUGAUCACACUCUCUCCUCCCCCUACUCCGCCUCCCUGUCGGGCACGUGGCGACCAGCAGACGUACAGCGAUCUUGAUGCUGACAGCCAUGGCAAGCAGAGUCCCCACCACGAGAGGCCAGAGCCUGAGCCUUCUCGUCGAUUUUUUGUCGACCAGUGGGAGCUUUCUCUAAGCCUCCGCUCCGCCAGCCGCCCCGCCUCUCCCUCCUCUGACUGCCUACGACAGAAGUAUAUAAAGAUGUACACGGGCGGAGUGAGCUCAUUGGCUGAGCAGAUAGCCAAUCAGCUUCAAAGGAAAGAACAUCGUAAAACCCUUCUAGACAAGAAGGAACUGGGCUCCAUGAAGAAGGAGUUCCCACAGAACCUGGGAGGCAGCGACACCUGCUACUUCUGCCGGAAGCGGGUCUACGUGAUGGAGCGGCUGAGCGCCGAGGGCAAGUUCUUCCACCGGAGCUGCUUCAAGUGCGAGUACUGCGCCACCACCCUGCGCCUGUCGGCCUACGCGUACGCCCUCGAGGACGGUAAAUUCUACUGCAAACCACACUACUGUUACCGGCUGUCCGGGCCUGUACAGAGGAAGAGACCAGCAGUGGCCCCUCUGUCUGCAAAGGAGGCCAGGGGACCCCUGCAGGACGGCCCCACUGCAGACACCAACGGACGGCCCAGCACCAGUGCCAGCCCUGCCGAGAGAACUCCAGGCCCGAGCGUGAACGGCCUGGAGGAGCCCAGCAUCGCCAAGAGGCUGCGGGGCACCCCGGAGAGGAUUGAGCUGGAGAACUACCGCCUGUCGGUGCGGCCGGCGGAGGGGCUGGAGGAGGUGCCCGAGGAGACGCAGGCCGAGCACAACCUGAGCAGUGUGCUGGACACGGGGACGGAGGAGGACGCGGCCAGCAGCAGUUCUGAGUCCGAGAUGGAGGAGGAGGAGCCCCCGCUGCCCCCCUCGGACCUGGGUGGCGUGCCCUGGAAGGAGGCCGUGAGGAUCCACGCUCUUCUGAAAGGAAAGAGCGAAGAGGAGCUCGAGGCCUCCAGGAGCUUCGUGGCUGGGGAGGAGGACGCGGAGGACACGGAGGACGAGGAGGACGAGGAGGACGAGGAGGACGAGUCUAGUGAAGGAGAGUACUGGCCCCGGGACAGAGAACUCCUGCAAGGCCAGCCGCUGGGGCACCUGCCAGAGGAAGAGGACAUGGGUACACGUGAAGCUGGGAGCCCAAGGCUGCAGCAGCUCGUAAAUCCAGCCGAUCCCUUGGAGAUCCAGGCUGACGUGCACUGGACGCACAUUCGUGAGAACCAGGAGGAGCGAGUGUCACCGGCCUCUGAGUCCCCUCCUUCCAGAGGGCCCGACCUUCCCUCCGUUCGCCGUGCAGCAGUGCAGGCCUGGCUGGAGUCGGUCUCCGGAGUCCCGUUUGACGAGGACGACCUGGAGGAAGAUGUGGACUCAGAGCCAGCAGAGGUAGAAGGCGAGGCAGCGGAGAAUGGGGACACGGGGGACACUGGCGCAGAGCUGGAUGAUGGUCAGCACUGGUCGGACGACGUGCCGUCAGAGACCGACACGGAGCUGCAGCAGGUGGUGGCGGGAGUGGGACUGGAGCUGCGGGUGUCUGAAGGCGAGGAGGAGCCACCACCGGCCUCGGCAAGGCGCCCAGAGAGAGGUCGCUCCCCAGUCUCCAGCCCCAGCCGGUCCCCUGAGGAGCACUCGGUCCUGUCCUCCCCAGCCCACAGCCCCAGGGCACAGGACGCCCGAGCCCCGCUCGCCUCUGCAGCUGCCACGAAGGGAUUGCCUGCGGAGAGCCCUGUGCCAGAACCAGAGCCAAAGCCAGAGCUCUCCCAUGGGGAGCCCACAGCCGGCACACCCGUCCGAUCACAGCCCGAAGCCAGGACGCCGCCCUCGCCUGCAAGCCCACAGCGCCGGUCCCCGCUGGCCCCCCUCCCCAUCUGCUCCCAGCCUCAGCCGUCCGCCGAGGCCACUGUGCCGUCCCCCACCGUGUCCCCCAUCCGCUUCCAGCCUGUGCCGGCCAGAACCUCCACACCCCUGGCCCCCCUCCCCGUGAAGAGCCAAGGGGUCACCAAGGACACAUUGGGCAGCCCCCUCCCUGGGGAUGAGGCCCUGAAACGCAGCGACCUGGUGGCAGAGUUCUGGAUGAAGAGCGCAGAGAUACGCCGCAGCCUGGGGCUCACGCCCGUGCGACGGGGCCCUGGACCCGAGCCCGGGUUCCAGCCCGCGCCCCUGCAGGCCUUUCCAGCUGAGAAGCUCCCCCAGGGCGAGGGACCCUGGCUUCUGAAACCCACACCCGUCCCCGGGAGGCUGGGGCCGCCCGCUGCCGGGGGGGCCCAGCCCUCCCUGCCCACCCCGGGGUCCCCACCUGGCAGGGAGCCGAAGGGCGCCCGGGCGGAGCACAGAGACCUGUCCAGCAGCUCGGGGCUGGGCCUGCAGGGCAGCUCCUCCCGCACCAGGACACCCGGCAGCCAGAGCUUCAGCACCUCCGACUCCACCAUGCUCACGCCCCCCUCCAGCCCGCCGCCCCCGCCUCCCGACGAGGAGCCCGCCACCCUUCACGGGAAGCCGGCCCUGGUGGGGCAGCCCGCAGCCUCGGAGCCCCGAGCACCGGCCACGUGCGCGCGGACCCCGCGGGAGCCCGCCCGGCCGCCCCCGGAGGAGGCACCGAAGCCAUUUGUGGAGAGCGUGGACGAGAUCCCGUUUGCGGACGAUGUGGAGGACACGUAUGAUGACCGCACGGAGGACUCGAGUCUGCAGGAGCCCUUCUUCACGCCCCCCUCCCGCUGGCCCUGCCCCGAGCAGCCCCUGGCCCAGGAGAGCGCCCGGGGGCCCGAGAGUGGGGUCCCGCCGCAGAAGCGGGGGCUGCCGCUGGUCUCCGCCGAGGCCAAGGAGCUGGCGGCCGAGCGCAUGCGGGCCCGGGAGAAGUCGGUGCGGAGCCCGGCGCUGAGGGACGCCAUGGCCCGGCAGCUGAGCAGGAUGAAGGAGAUGGACACCGUGGCCACCACCCCCAGGGCCCCCAGGACCCCGGCGCCCCGCAGAGUCACCGCCGUGCCCCCCAAGGGUCCCGAGGAGCCCACCCCAACGCACAAGGCCACGAGUGAGGAGGUGCCGUCCCCUCCCUCGGACUCAGGGGGCCUGGACGGCUCGGUCACCUCGUCCGAGGGCUCCAGCGGGAAGAGCAAGAAGAGAUCGUCCCUCUUCUCCCCCCGAAGAAACAAGAAAGAGAAGAAGCCCAAGGGUGAGGGCCGGCCCCCGGAGAGGCCCAGCCCCAGCGCCCUGGAGGAAGCAGCAGCCAAGCCCAGGUCCCUGUGGAAGUCCGUCUUCUCCGGGUACAGGAAGGACAAGAAGAAGAAGGGCGAUGGCAGGUCCCGCCCCAGCACCCCUUCCAGCGGGGCCACCGUGGAUGCCGGCAAGCCGGGGGCGUCUCCUGUCGCGAGAGCAGAGCUGCGGCCCCGGCGCCAGCUGAGCUGCUCGGAGGACUCGGACAUCUCCAGCGACGAUGUCCUGGAGCGGACCUCCCAGAAGUCCAGGAGAGAGCCGAGGACUUACACGGAGGAGGAGCUGAACACCAAGCUGACCCGGCGCGUGCAGAAGGCGGCUCGGAGGCAGGCCAAGCAGGAGGAGCUGAAGCGGCUGCACCGCGCCCAGAUCAUCCAGCGGCAGCUGGAGCAGGUGGAGGAGAAGCAGCGCCAGCUGGAGGAGAGAGGGGUUGCCGUGGAGAAGGCGCUGCGUGGGGAAGCAGACUAUUGGGGAGAGUCUUAUUACACUGACCUCAUCGACUUGCGUCUAGGUGUUGAGCCCAGUGGCGGGACUCCACGACGUAGACCUCUCUCCUUCUGCCCUUGCUGUGUCCAGGAAGGCAUGGGCAAGAAGGACGACCCCAAGCUGAUGCAGGAGUGGUUCAAGCUGGUGCAGGAGAAGAACGCCAUGGUGCGCUAUGAGUCGGAGCUGAUGAUCUUCGCCCGGGAGCUGGAGCUGGAGGACCGGCAGAGCCGGCUGCAGCAGGAGCUCCGUGAGCGGAUGGCCAUGGAAGAUCACCUGAAGACGGAGGAGGAGCUGUCGGAGGAGAAGAGGAUCCUGAAUGAGAUGCUGGAGGUGGUGGAGCAGAGAGACGCCCUGGUGGCCCUGCUGGAGGAGCAGCGGCUCCGGGAGAAGGAGGAGGACAAGGACCUGGAGGCCGCCAUGCUGUCCAAGGGCUUCAGCCUGAACUGGUCCUGAGCGCCGCCCCGGCCCUGGCUGGUCUGUGCAUCCGUCUGACCGGGCUGGCUUCUCCCAGACCACCCAGAUCCGAGGUCUGAGCGGGCCUGGCGCCUCCUGGGAGUUUGCACUCAGACCUCCUCGGGGCUCUGAGAAGCAGUCAAGCGCCGAGCUGUGGGAGCCCCAGGUGAAGAUGGUGGUCCAGUAGCUCAGCCUCCUCCAAGAGGCCUCCCUGUCCUCCUGCUUCGGAGACGGAGGAACGUGGGUCCUGGGGGGGAUGCCUGGUAGGAGGGACACGGCUCCCCCCGAGACCCCCAGGCCCAGGGCUGAGGAGGCCCGCCCCGCGGGCCCAGUGCCACACUCCAGGCCUCUCCUGGCUGUGGCCUGAGGCCUGAGGCUGCUGCAUUUGCUUUUAAUUCACGACACUGGAAGAUACUGACUUCAGGGUCGGGCGGAGACCCUCUUCCCGCCACAGGCUGGCCUUGUCCUUGCCUAUUCCUGUGUUUGCCCCGAGCGAAGCUGACAGCCUGGGAGACGUGGCCGCUUCGCACCCUCUUUGUCAAUUAACUUAUUUUUUUAAUACUUGAAAAGAAGCAACUUCACUUUUGUAUCUUUACCAGGAUACUGAUUGCCUGGCACCUGGGUAGGGGUGUGGAGGUGGGUCCCAGCUGACCGCGCUGUCACUCCAUUCGUUACUCUUUCGUCGUGGGGCUGACCUGAGCCCUCAGGUCAGCAAGACCCCCGUGUGGGCCCCGGCGUGCAGCGCCCAUCCUCCUGUGCCCGGCCCCGGGCGUCCGUGUCUACACCGCUCGCUUGUCAAGGAUGCGUUUGAGCUGCUGGAGGCCACGCCAUGAGGCACAGAUGCCUCUUGGCCUCCCUGUUGGAAUCCUGGCUCUGCAGAACCCAUUUUUCCUCCGUUUUGGUGCCGAGGUCUCACCUCCCACAGCAUGUUUAUUAAAGAAAGUUUUAGGCUGGCUGCACCAGCGUGUGGGACCCUGCUCAGCGAGGCCCAGACCCAGCCAGCUGCAGCUGCAGUGAUGGCACACUGGGGGACUCCAGUUGGGGUCACACACACACACGAGCUCCGGCCCAGCCCCACGAGCUCCGGCCCAGCUCCAGCCCAGCGCCUCUUCGUGGGGAGGCACUGGACGGGAAGCACCAUGGAGCCAGCUGGUGCCGUGGCUCAGCCAGAGGCCAGCAGUGUCCAGCCUGCAGAGCCACUGUUAGACUCUGCAGGGGCCGUGCUCGUACACAGAGGAGCGAGGGCAGCGCCAGGCCAGUCCCGAGGCCCUCCAGCCAACUCCUGGUGGAGCGGGACCGCGUGCAGGGAGGAGAGGCCUCGGCAGGACAAGGGGCGUCCACGCCGACCUUGGGAUGUCCUUGGGGAACCACAUCGUGCCUCAACUUGAACAGAGUCAUUCUCACUGCAAAGGAGCAAAGAACUGUCUUCUUCAAUCUGUCCCAAAGCUGCCGUCUGCCCCCCUGGAAUCCAGGGCACGCGCUGCUCCAGCCCUCAUGGCUCUGACCUUCACCUCUUGCUUGAUGAGGUAGAGCCUCCAUUUCUAUUCUCCUUUCUUAAAAGGGGGAGCGGAGGGUGUUCUAGAUCCCAUCCUUAAAUCCCAGCCUUCCAAUAAAAUUGGGCUUGGGACAGGAUUCAUCGCCUGUGUGGCCUUUGCCUACCCUUCCCAUACCCUUCCCACCCACCGCCCCAGUGCACUGCAACUGCCAGGCCCGUCCCUCGAGCUUCUGCCCACCCAGGACGAGGACAAGUUUACAGAGUGGCCAGGAGGGACACGACACCCGCCCCUGCGGAAGCACACUGUGCCUGCAGGAGCGAGGACGGCCUGGAGGCUGCAGAGAAGCUCGGAAAUGCUCCCCCACUCCCUCCCGCAGGGCUACGACUUCAGGUUCUAGUAGAGCACUUUUUCUGAAAGCUCCCGUUUUAUAACCACUAGUUUGCAGGUUGUUGUAGUGCCCUGCUGACGGCUGCAUGCAGUGUUUCCCAGCUCUGGAAAUGCACUCAGCUCCUGUCAAGUCCCCGUGAAGGCAGGGCAGCAGGAAGUCUCUCUCUCUCUCUCUGAAAUGCCACGGCGUGAGCAAGCCCAAGCCCGAGGCCCACGCUGGGACAACCGGGUUCAGCUCCAGCAGAGGCAGGGCGGCAGUGCACCUCGCCUCAGUCUGAGGUCACCAGCGGCUCCACCUGGGGGUCCAGUCCUGCUCAGAUAGCGUCUUCUGGCCCUUGCCCCGGGAGCUGUCCCCCAGCUGCUCUGACCAGCAGUGAUAGACUAUCCUCUAUCUUUUCAAAGAGCAGAAUUUUUUCAGUGGGGCAGAAAGUGGGGAGAGUUUAAAGAAAACAGUUUUAAAGGUGGUAACAACUGAUCUACAAAGGGGAAUGGGCCAUUUUAUGCGCAAUAAAAGUUUUUAAAACAG